AUGUCCUCCAACGUCGGCCUCUCCACCCCGCGUGGCAGCGGUACCUCCGGCUACGUCCAGCGCAACCUCUCCUUCCUGAAACCGCGAGAUGCCGGCUACGGCGCCCCGUACCCGCCCGUCUCAAACGCCGACCAACAGUCCAAGGAUUCCUUCAAACAGCGCCAGCCGGAUAAGCAGAUCCUGGAACAUGAUCGGCGGCGGGCCAUCGAGGUGAAGAUCUUGGAGGAGAGGGAUCGACUGGAGGAGGCGAAUGAGCAGAGCGAGGGGAAAGAUAAGCUGUCUGAAGAGGCGAUUGAGGAGCGGUUGGAUGCGAUGCGGAAACGGUUGGUGGCGGAGUUGGCGGGAGAGGUGGAAGGGUUGAAGGGAGGUGGAGGCGGCGAUGGCAGUCGUGGCGCCCUUGGUUCGAAGGAUGGUGGAAGGAAGCAGUUUAAGACGUACCAGGUGCAUGAGUUGGCGGAGGCGAAGAUUGAGGAGAGUGAAAGGUUGAGGAGGGCCUUGGGAAUUAGAGGGCAGGGGGAGCAGGGGGAUGAGUGGAGGUGGGGCGCUGGUGGUGGGCGGCGACGGGAGGAGCGGGAGAGGGAAAGGGGGAACGAGAAGGAGAGAGACAGAUCUAUGGAUCGAGAUAGGAAUCGGGAGCGGGACCGGGGUCGUGACUGGGAUCGGGAUCGGGAUCGGGAUCCUGGUCGGGAUGGGUACCAGAGUAGAUCUAGGCGAGAACGGUGA